UCAAGAAGCAACUACUUCGCAUACACAAGAACCCAGUAUAUCAAAAGAUAUGGGAUUCCCCGAAGAUAACUUAAAGACUUAUGAAGUUCCUAUCAAAAAGGAAAUAACCAUAUCGGUGAAUGAAGAUUACACAGAAGAUACGGGUUUAACCAGCGAUACGGAGGUGCAGACUGAAGAAUACAGCUGUAGCAAAACUUACUAUCCGAGGGUACCAAUAGUAUACACCACUAGACUGGAUGACAUGAAGAUUUUUGAACAAAUAAAUAAAGAACCAAAGUUAUCUAUUAAAGAUAUCACAAGUCAUAUUAUAUUAGAAAGCAAGCCAAAACUUAAGGGGCAACUGGGCAAUGUAGUGAACCCAGUAAGUAAAAGACAUCCAACAUACCUUAUACAAACAUUAGAACAAAUUAAUAAUAUUGCGCAAAAUCAAGUUGUAUAUAAUUAUGAAGAAAGUGUAACCGAGACAGCAAACGUAUUUGAUUGUCAAACGUCUAAUGAUUUUGUAGAAAAAAAUGAGACUUUGUUAAAUAUUUGUAAUCCACUAAAUAUUGUUCUUGAAAGAUUUCCAUUUGAAAUCAAUUUAGACACAAAUUACCAUUGUGAUAUAGAGCCACCUGCUAAAGUCUCUCAAAAAGAGCAAAAACUUCAAAUAGUAAAUUCAAGAGCAUUUGCGACAAAAAUUCAAAACCUUAAAGUAUACUGUUUGGUAAUCAAGGACCAUGUUUCCAAUGAAACUGAAAUGUACUACAUAAGUAAAGGUGUACUGACAAAAUAUUAUAGUCUGCCAAAAAUAAUUGACAUUUCACAAAUUCCACAAGCUUCCAAAAUACCUGUAUGGGAAAUGAAUGCUUGUUGUUGGUAUUCACGCCAAAAUCAAAUCGCGAGUGUAAGGGAACGUGGAAUAAUUCAGUUUAUUUAUAAAACUCAUGGUUGUCAACCGGGAAAAUGUAAUUGCUGUUGUUCGGGUGAAUAUAAUAAAAGUUCUUCAAGCGGUGGCACAAACGUCGAUUUGCCGAGUUCUCCGGAUGGUCCGAUGAAUGCAGAUGAUAUGGAAAUAAAGGAGUUUGAAAAUGAGACGUCACAAUUAUUUUACCAAAUGAAGAAUCGAGUUUCAUGUGGAAAAUAUGGUUACAGCGAAGAUUGGCUCCAAGAUCUAUAUAGAACGGGGACGUCCCCAGUUUUUAGUGAUACUUUGAUUAGCAAGGCUUUACAGUAUACCAGAGUCCCGCAGCAACCUCAACUAGAAUACACUACGAACCCCAAAGUCUUGACUUCUCCUAUUCAAAUGAAGUUAACCGACAACACGGAUGUAGAACUAAUCAAAAUUACAAAUGACAACGAAAUAUUAACGUACAGAAAGGAAUCUAAGGACAAUAUUGACCAUAUUUUGAAAGAUAAAACGCCAACGUGCUCACUUAAAUCUCAAAACGUAUGUUGCUGGUCUGCACGGGAGAAUUUUUUGCGUAAUUGUUUGAAGUACCUCCCAAACAUGCAAUGUUUUAUGAAACCACCACAUUUGUGUCAAUUUGGUAACUGCACAUGCUGUUGUAAAUUUCGUCCAAAAAAACUCCACAAAUUAGUUCCUAUAACUUUGUCAAAUACCAUCAACUCUUUCGAAAAAUUUAAAGAAAAUGACACUUUAAAAGGUUCAUCUGUUAUGAAAAGACAAAGUUAUGAAAAUCAGGAUCCCAAAUACCAAAUAAAUAAUAAUAUACCUGAGGCAACUAUGAAUAUUCAAUCAAUAGCAGACGGUGUUGGCCCAUAUGGCGUGAACCCGUGCAUUACUAUGGUUCCCACAUUACAGGUACCUUUUAUCCAACCCGGACAUCCGUUUGUGUCGAGGACAAGUUCGCCGCCAGUUCAAUUAAACUCCGGUACUAGUUUACCUGUAAAUAGUACCAUGCCGCCUCCCACAAAACCCAUAAAUAUUGUUCCUGAAGCAACGAACACAAGCCCCAUGGAUUCAACUGUGGAUUCAAUGAUCACUACAAUUUUAGAUAGAUUUAAAGAUGUUCGUCUAACAAUUAAUGAAAAAGGUCAAGUUUCGGCAGAGCUAACCACCCCAGUUCAUGAAUUGAAUACCGCAGAAGUUAAGGUACUUGUUAAUAUUUUAUCUCAUGCCCAAAAACAAGUUGAUGAACUUGGUCUGGUUCCUGGUACUGUCUUAAAUAAUGUGAACCCACAAAAUACGCAAAUAAUUACACCACCCGUUCCUAGUACUGUCUUAAAUAAUGUAAACCCACAAAAUACGCAAAUAACUACAGCAACCGGUCCUGGUACUGUCUUAAAUAAGGUGAACCCAAAAAAUACCAAAAUACCUAUACCACCCCUUAUUAGUACUGUCUCAAAAAAGGUGAACUCACAAAAUACACAAAUAACUACACCAACCGUUUCUGGUACUGUCUUAAAUAAGGUAAACCCAAAAAAUACGCAAAUAACUAUACCAACCGUUUCUGGUACUGUCUUAAAUAAGGUAAACCCAAAAAAUACGCAAAUACCUGUACCACCCCUUAUUAGUACUGUCUCAAAAAAGGUGAACUUACAACAUAUUCAGAAAACUAAACCAAAAUUCAACAUCGUCGAUAGCAAUAAUGAUACUACCGAUAUCAUUGAUGAAAGAAUAGAUAUUUCGACUAAUACGCAACAUAAUACAAACAAUUUCAAAGAUACUUUUUAUAAUUUCAUGAAUAUAAAUUAUAAAUCGUUUAUUUCGUUAUUUAAUGGUUCUGUGUUCACGCCUGAAAUUACCGUUCCGGUAAUAAGUGACGUUUUCACUUUACAACAACCUGACGAAGCUCUGGACGAAAGUGACGUGCCCUCGACAUCUAAAGGAAUUUGGUAUAAACCUCCUGAUGUGCAUAAGAGGAAAGUCAAAAAAGGAUUACUUGAAAUUGAUACAAGUGAAAAUGAACAUGAACCUGCUCUAAAAAAAAUCAAAAUUGUUUCUCCCUCCAAACUUUUCGGGUCUGUGACCACCGAUAGAUCACCAAUAAACGAGUCACCGACAAUGCCCACAGUAAUGCCAUUAGCUUUCCAACAGAACGAUGAUCCGCUGUGUACUAAUGAUCCUAUCAAUAUACAGCCACAACUUUUCAAGAAAUAUAAAGAGCCAGUUAUUCAGCCGCGGUUCGUAAAAAAAUGGCGUAAGAAACAAACCGAUAAUGAUCCCAAAAUUAACUCACCAACAAAGCCCAAGGGACUUAAAACUUACAAGCGUAAAAUACAACAGUCCACACAACCGGAUGCUGAUACUGCAGUUAUUUUUCCGAAAAUAGGCCACAUAUGGGGCAGUGCUGAAUUGCCAUCCAAAAGUAACAAGUGUUAUGAAGGACACGAGAACUCUACUCCGCUAACCGACACUUUGACCCAGCAAUCUGAGGUUAUCCAAUUGGCGUUCGAGCCUGAAAGUGGCAUAGAUACAGUACUUGUGGAAAUUGAUGACGACGAUGAUGAUGUAAGUGAGGCAAUUUUAGGUACGUAAAUCAUGCCCAUGAUCUAAUGACUACUAUUCUUUACACAUUGCACCAAAACAUGGAAACAGUUUCAAUAGGAUCUUCGAAUACCGGUGGUCAAUGUCUACAUUGAACAACGGUAAUCUGUUAACACAUAAAUAUUGCCUUUUGGCGAAUAUCCUAUUGGAACCUAAAUAAUUUGGCGACAUACAUAAGUUCUAACUGAAUAUUUGCAAAAGAAAAAAUAUUCCAAGAUAUUUUUGCGGUUACUAUAAUGAUAUUGAUUGAAGACCUAACCAAAAAUAAGGUGAUCUAUGUAAAAAAUAAAAUCUUUUUUGUUAUCUAACGGGUGCAAACUAAAAUACAAUACAACUACCAGCAUUCUGAUUUUAUUUUAAGGUUUUUUCUUUAAAAUAUACAUCUUAAUAAUAGCAGGUGGCGCCAAUAGCUCAAGCUAUGUGUUUUAUCUGUUAUAUCAAAACUCCAUCUGAUUUAUUCUGAAUUAGAAGUAAGUAAUUGACUUAUAUAUUCUAUGAGAAUAUCUACUGUUAUUGUUAUUUUAUUGUGUAAAAUUACUAGCUAACAUUUUCCUGUAUAAAGCUCAAAUGUUAUCUUUAACAAUAGAUACAGGUAAUUAUUUAUGUAUUUAAAAUGCGUACCUGACAGAAUUAUUAAUUUAAUUGUAAUGUUGUCUAACAGUUUUUAUAAUGGUACCGAUUUGGGCAACCACCAUCUUAAUUUAUUUUGGCAGGACUGAAACCAGUUCUAUCUCUUUCUUGCACUCAUAGUAAAAGAACGAUGGAACUAACUUGAGAGCUGUGAACCUAAAAUAAGGUGAAGUUUGUGUCCGCCACAAAUUGGUACCAUAACACCAUUGUACCUACUUAUAAGUUAAAAUAAAAGUUAAGUUCUUAAAAAAAUAGUAAGUACCUAAAUAAUACAACAGUAUUUU